CCCUGGCCUGUCCUGUCUCACUGCAGAGGACACACUGCUGUGGUUCUCCUGUCGGCUGUGUUCCCUCCUGGCCGCUCCACAGUGUUGUCCUUGGGCCGUGUUUGGGUGAAGCCCCUCCCGGAGCAGCGGCGGCGGAUGGUGCCGACCUACCUACCGCCUACUGAAGCCGGAUAACCGGCCGCAGAGUCCAGGAGCGGCGGCAGGAGCAGGGCAUUCUGUUCGGAGCAGACGCCUGGACUCCCGGCCGGCUUUAGGUGCUGGAUCGGGGAUUUGGACCGGGACUUUUUGGCUUUGUGUGUGUGAAGCGGCUGUUGUGGAGGCGGACUGUGCCGGCGGAAGGUGCACUGUUCCUGGAUGCUCCGGAGGCCCCGGGGAGCUCAGACUGCGGAGUCCCGGAGCAGGGCUCGGACACCGGGGAAGUAGAGCAGCGAACCUCCCGACCGCACCAUGAAUCCUCUGAACCAGAUGAAGGCGGGCUUGGCCAAUAACCCACACAGUGACGGUUCGUACCCCUACGACCCCUCCAGCUGGCAGCAGCCCACCAAUCAGCCGACAGGAUCCCUCUCCGUGGUAACCACUGUGUGGGGCGUGACCAAUCCGUCAGCCAGUCAGGGUUUGGGAGGGGGGGUGAUGGGGCCCGGGGCCAACCCAGCUGGGGGGCCCAUGAUGCAGGGUCCUGGAGGUCCAGGUAUGGGUGGAGGUCCCGGAGGAUACAUGGGUCAGCAGGGCUACGGAGAACCCAGUAAGGGCUACAUGAACCAGGGCAUGUACAGCCGGACCACGGGGGGCUACGCUGGAGGCCCAGGGGGGUACGCCGGAGGCCCGGGGGGGUACACAGGGAGUUACCCAUCCAAUCCUGGUGGAUCCAGAGGUUCUGCAGACUUCACUCAGGCUGCUGCUGCCGCCGCUGUCGCUGCUGCUGCUGCCACGGCAACCGCCACUGCCACGGCAACCGUCGCCGCCAUCCAGGAGAAACAAAACCAGGAGAUGAACUACGGACAGAUGGGGGCUCCUGCCUAUAAUAACCAGUUCAUGGCCCACUCCGGUCCCCGUGGCCCCCCAGGAAUGGCUCCUGGAGGUAUGGGUCCUGGUCCUGGACCUAACAGAGGCCCCCCCUCUAUGGGUUCCAUGUAUGGACCAGGAGGGGGUCCGCAGAGGGUCCCUCAGCAUCCAAACUAUGGCCCCGGGCCUCAGCAGGGCCACCUGAGGCCCCCCCAGACCCUCAAACGGCCCUACAGCUCAGAGUCUUUUACAGGGAUGUCUCAGCAGUACAGCGUUCCUGUUGGGUCCAACGUUGGCGUCAUGUCUGGUCCUGGGGGAGCUACCGGUUCCAUUUCUGGUUCAGGAGGAGGUGGCCACGCCGGACCCGGACCUGGACCAUACUCUGGACCCAGCAUGCAGUACCAUUCAGGUCCUGGUGGUCCAGGCCCCACCCCCCAACGCUCAGGCUCCUCCCCCUCUUACCAGAGUCAUAAGAUGCCCCUCCCACAGUACCCCCCCUCUGGACCCCCCAGCUCACAGUACUAUAAGGACCAGUUUAACGGCCAGGGGGGGGCUCUGAAUACCCUGACAGCAGGGGGCAGCACGGGGGUCUACAACUCCUUCAACCAGCCUUCAGGGCCGGGUCGAGGGCUACCCGGGUACCCCAGCUCCCCGGUUCCUGGAAACCCGACUCCUCCCAUCACACCCGGUAGCUCCAUGGCCCCGCCCUACAUGUCGCCCGGCAACAGUGAUGUCAAGCCAGUGCCCUCCAACUUCCUGCCUGACAUCAAACCCAACAUGGCAGGCCUGGCCCCGCCCCCUCCAACAGGAAACCCCAGUGACGACCUGCGCCUCAACUUUCCGGUCCGUGACGGAGUCGUGCUGGACGCCUUCAGACUGGAGCACAACCUGGCCGUCAGUAACCAUGUCUUCCAGCUGCGAGACUCCGUCUACAAGACUCUGAUCAUGAGACCAGACCUGGAGCUCCAGUUUAAGUGUUACCACCACGAGGACCGGCAGACCAACACCAACUGGCCCGCAUCCGUCCAGGUGAGCGUGAAUGCCACUCCUCUCACCAUCGAACGAGGCGACAACAAAACUUCCCAUAAGCCUUUGUACCUGAAGCAAGUCUGCCAACCGGGCAGAAACACCAUCCAGAUCACGGUGACGGCCUGCUGCUGCUCUCACCUGUUCAUCCUCCAACUCGUCCAUCGCCCGUCGGUUCGCUCGGUUCUGCAGGGUCUGAUGAAGAAGAGGCUUCUGGCUGCAGAGCACUGCGUCACCAAGAUAAAGCGGAACUUCAGCAGUGGCUCCAUCCCUGGGACGCCGGGGUUAAACGGAGAGGACGGUGUCGAACAGACCGCCAUUAGAGUGUCCCUGAAGUGUCCCAUAACGUUCAGACGCAUCCAGCUGCCGGCCAGAGGACAUGACUGUCGACACAUACAGUGCUUCGACCUGGAGUCGUACCUGCAGCUGAACUGUGAACGGGGAACGUGGCGAUGUCCCGUGUGCAAUAAAACGGCGCUGUUGGAGGGUCUGGAGGUGGAUCAGUACAUGCUGGGGAUCCUCAUCUACGUCCAGAACUCCGAGUACGAGGAGAUCAGCAUCGACCCGGUCUGCAGCUGGAAGCCGGUCCCGGUCAAACCCGACAUCCACGUCAAGGAGGAGUCGGACGGGCCGGUUCUGAAGCGCUGCCGGACCCUCAGCCCCAGUCACAUGGUCCUACCCAGCGUCAUGGAGAUGAUCGCGUCGCUAGGCCCCACCCCGUCUGCGUCAGCAAGCUCCGCCUCCUCUCCGAUGCAGUAUCCGUCAUUACCCGCAGGGGGCGGCAACAGCAGCAGCAACACGCCAGACUACAGUGGACCAGCUCCGUCCUAUCCCAGCCAAUCGGGGAGCUUCUCAGACUUCAGCGCAGGUCCUGGUCCUGGGACUCCAGGGGUGGGAGGAGACUUCUCUUCACCUGGACCGCCCCCACUGUCCUACCAGUCUGAGCUGUCCAGUGCCCUCCUGACCCCCGACAAGCCGCCACCCCACCCACUGUCCGGCCAGAUGACAGGGCGUCUGGACUCCAUUUCCCAUGGUGCCCCUGUCCCCCAGCAGUCGUCUCAGAGUCUCCAUGGUAACGCUCAGCUCAGUGGUGGGAUGCAGGUGAUGCAGCGUAGCAGCCAGAACCCCCGUCUCCACGGCGACGGCCCCUUCGGGCUAGGCGGUCCCACGGACGUCCCAGAACCAUCUCUGGAUCUGCUGCCGGAGCUGACCAAUCCGGACGAGCUGCUGUCGUACCUCGGACCCCCGGACCUGCCCAGCAACAACAACGACGACCUGCUGUCACUGUUCGAGAACAACUGACCCCCGACGCCACGGACUGGGCAGGAGAACCUGACCGGGUCCGGGCCCGCCCACAGGCCACCCCCCCCCUGCUGAAGCUCAGAGCUGUGACCUCUGACCUCUGUGACUGUAUUCUACUGUUUUGAACUGAGCCUGUUGUCUGAGCUUCAUCCUUCAUUCAGACCUGCUUCAUCCUUCCGCCGUCUGCUUCUAGAACGUUCAUCUCCAGGACGUUGUCGCCUCGGCCCGGUCCGUCCACGCUGAAACCAUCGGUUCCGGUCCAGAUGACGACCUGUUGACGAAGCUCUCGGUGUACAAGCGUCAGCGCUUCCUGUCCGUUUGUCGGUGUUUAGACGUCAGGUUCAGACUCUGCUGCGAUUGGACGGAGGCUCAGUGUGUGACGUUUACUGACACCUACUGGUGGUAGGACACACCGAACUCUGACACACACCGGGUCCAGUAGAACCGGUUCUGUUUCAGACACAACCGUAACCCUGAACGACAGAAGAAGAAGAAGAAGGAAACAUUUAACCUCAGAUCCUCCUCGAUCCAACGCUCUGGAAGAAUAAGAUGAAGACAAAAAAAUAAUGAUGAAUGAUUUUAAAGAACGUGUUUGGAUCCAAAUGAACCUGAAGGAGAAUCUGUGAACUGAGUGAAAACAAAAACAAAAACUGGAACGGACCGGAACUGAACUGAACACAUAGGCUCAGUUCUACCUCCAACCUGAAGGAGGAACCAGAGUAGAACCAGAUAGAACCAAAACAGAACCUGAAUAGAACCAGAACAGAACCAGAGUAGAACCACAACAGAACCAGAACAGAACCAAAGUAGAACAAGGUAGAACCAGAGUAGAACCAGAACAGAACCAGUCCUAUUUGUCAGUGACGUCCACAGACGUAAUAGAGAAUGAGCCUAUGUUUUCCCACAGUGUGAAGGGUCAGUAAAGUGGUCGUUGAACCCACUUCAGCCCUGAGGACAAACUGUGGAUGGUUCAGACUGAAGGAAGCAGAACCCAGUAGAACCUGCUGAUGGACCCGUAUGGAGGUUCUGUUUAGUUUCUGCUAAAUGAAUCUGCUUCAGUUUCACUUUCUGGAUGAAGUUUUCUUCUGAACGUUGUGAACGUUCGUUUCUUCUGUCGACGUUUCAGCUUCGGUUCCAGUUCUUUCGUCGGACUGAGGAGUUUCUCAUUUUACCGUUUCCUCAAAUGUUUCUAAUGCGAUGUCAGAAUGGAGGCGGGGCUUUGGUCCUCAAACACUGCGUCACAUGACACGAAACGGGAAGUGACGAUUGGACCGAAAGCAUCAUGGAGUCUGAACUGAAGUGGGAGGAGCCUCAACGGAAAACAGACAGGGCUCGGCUCUUCAUUCGUUCACCUGUUGGACACGUUGUCAAGGCAACCACGUCAUAACUGGCUCCUCCCACUUUUGAAACUCACCUCAGGUAAAAGCAGAGCAGCAGCUGAGGGUCGGUCCUGGUCCUGGCCCUGGUCCUGGUCCUGGCCCUGGUCCCGGUCCUGCUCCUGGUCCUGGUUCUGGUUCUGGUCCUGGUCCUUGUCCUAGUCCUGGUCUUCAUCUUCAUCCUCCUCGUCUUCCUGGUGGUGGUCUGUGGUCCAGUUCUGUGGUCCAGUUCAGUGGUCCAGGUCUGUGGUCCAGUUCGGUGGUCCAGGUCUGUGGUCCAGUUCGGUGGUCCAGGUCUGUGGUCCAGUUCGGUGGUCCACUUCUGUCCCUGCGGUGGAUCGGUGUCUGUUCUAAUAACGUUCUAAUAACCUUUGUAGUUUAAUAAACACACACUGGACUUGAACGGAUCCACACACACGUUCUCCUGCUCAUUCAACAUCUGAACCUUUACAAGUGAAAAAAAAAAGUUAAUUUAUUACAUUUUUACAGAACUUUGGAAGGUUCUUGAACUGCUCUGGACACGACGGUCCAGGUGUCGUAUUUGUUCAUAAACUGUUUUUGCUCAAAACACAAUAAAGCAUCAAAACCAGUGUCGUUAUAA